AUGGGGAACGGAUUAUCAGAGCAGCCCAACUUCCUGUCAAACGUCCCGUUCUUCCAAUCAUUUCAUAUUGCGAUUCUGGGACUAGACUCAGCUGGCAAAACCACGGUCCUGUACCGGCUCCAGUUUAACGAGUUCGUCAACACUGUCCCAACUAAGGGCUUCAACACAGAGAAGGUAAAAGUCUCUCUGGGUGGAAACCGGACGGUUACGUAUCACUUCUGGGAUGUUGGCGGACAGGAGAAGCUCCGCCCACUGUGGAAGUCCUACACUCGCUGCACAGACGGGAUUAUCUUUGUGGUGGAUUCUGUGGACGGGGAGCGGAUGGAAGAGGCCAAAACCGAACUGCACAAAAUUGCAAAGACGUCGGAGAACACAGGGGUUCCCAUAUUGUUGGUAGCAAACAAGCAGGACUUGAGGCACGCCUUGAGCCUCGAGGAUAUCGAGAAGUUGUUGGCGUUGAAAGAACUCGGGCCGGCAACUCCCUGGCACCUACAGCCGACCUGCGCCAUCAUCGGGGACGGGCUGCGAGAAGGGAUUGAGAGACUCCACGACAUGAUUCAGAAGAGGAGGAAGGCGCUACGGCAGCAGAAGAAGAAAAAAUAA